AUUGUGAACUGUCACUUUUUCAGCCAGCGCUUUUCUCACCACACAAUUUCGUUCGCAUUUGUGGGUGGCGGCGGUCGAUUUGCGCUGAUUUUUUGGCAGAGAAAAACGCAGCUCGCUGUUUUCACAUAGCACAAAAAGCACACUUGUUUCGCUUCCAACCAACCAGAGCUGUAAUAACCAUCAAGAUGAUGUCGGAAUACUGGAUUAUCUCGGCCCCUGGCGACAAGACCUGCCAGCAGACGUACGACACGAUGAACAACCUCACCAGCAAGCAACACAAUCUGUGCAAUAACUACAAGUUCCAUAUACCAGACCUGAAGGUGGGCACCCUGGACCAACUGGUUGGUCUCUCCGAUGAUCUGGGCAAACUGGAUACCUAUGUGGAGCAGAUCACCCGCAAGGUGGCCAACUACUUGGGCGAGGUACUGGAGGAUCAGCGGGACAAGUUGCACGAGAACCUGAUGGCCAACAACAGUCCUGGGCCACCUGACGACAGCAUGCCGUGUCGCCACCACCAGCGCAUCAAGCAUCUCAGCCUGCGACACCAGCGAAAACACCAGCACACGCACCACCAAAACAAACCCCAACACUACCAUCACCACCACCACCAUCACCAGCUGCCGCAGGAUCUCAAGGGUAAAUCCGCAGUCUCCUGUUCUCCCGCCACAUCUCCUGCGCCUGCGCCCCCCAAUCUUCCGCCUGCCUGUGCCUGCGAUGCCCUUGCCCCAGGAUCCGUAUCCGGCGGCAGCCUGACUAACCUGUCGUCGGGACACGAGCCAGAAACAGAGCCGGAGUUCGAUGCCUGUCCAUGUGACGAGUGCUUUGCCUGUGCCCCGCCAAGCACCAGUGCCACAGCCAGUACGCUUCUGGCGGACGAGUGUUACUCCCAAACAGCCUCCUCAAUGCUGAGUGCCACACGGUGUGCCCUGUCUACGGUUGCGGCGAUAGCCACUGGUAGCGGACUGGGCAGUGGUCCAAGUACUAGUGCCGCAGCCGCUGCAGCUGCAUCCAGCACCCCAGGCGGUGGUGUUGGGGCGCCUACCUCCUGCUCGACACUCUGCUCUUCGGCAUACUUCUCGACGUCAGCGCCCACGACCAGCAGCUCGGUGCACAGCAGCAUGUCCCGCUCUAACAGCAAGCGGCUGAAUAACAACACAUGCAGCAUCAACAAUAAUAAGCUCAGCUUUCGCAGCGGUAGCCAUGUGAGCCAAUUGCAUUUGGCCUCCCAUCCGCAGCAGCAGCAGCCACAGCAUCAUCCGCAUUCGCAGCCAAUGCAUACCAAUCCGCUGCAAUCGCCCACGCAAAAGUCCAUGUCGGAAGACGAGGGCGAUACGGCCAAUGCCCCCGAUGAUGGGGAAACGGACGAGGACCCCAAGAGUCCGCACAGUGUACAGUCCGAUCUGUCGGACACCUUCGACUGGUGGUUCAAUAAACCCAAGCGUAACUCUAAGAAGAGCAGUGCACAACAGCUAAACGAAACAACACAGCAACACCAACAGACGCAACAGCAACAUCCAACACCGCCACUGACCAAUCCACAACCACAACAACACCAACAGACACAACAGCAACACCAGAACCAAAAUCAAUAUCAAAACCAACACCUAUCCAAAGCAAUGACAUUUUGGCAUCAAGCAUCGACCACACCGCGCUCUAGUUAUCGCUCUUUCUUCAAUUCUCUUGCCGAUCAAAUUUAUAGCAAACGUUCUACACCGAGUCAAUUAAAUAUAAACAAUGGAUUUAAUUUAACACCAACACAUAGAUCGUCUCCAGUGAGUAGUUGUUGUGGCAGUAGUAGCCAGGGGCGAUCCAGUCCGGACACGGAUCCCGCCGAGCCGCCCGAAUUUCCACUGAGUCCAGCCGAACUGCCUCAGUACUUGACCCGCUUCCAAUGGGACAUGGCCAAGUACCCGAUCAAGCAGUCGCUGCGCAACAUCGCCGACAUUAUCUCCAAGCAGAUCGGUCAGAUCGAUGGCGAUUUGAAGACCAAGUCCCAGGCCUACAACAACCUCAAGGGCAAUCUGCAGAACCUGGAAAAGAAGAAGACUGGCAGCUUGCUGACCAGGAAUCUGGCUGAUCUGGUUAAGAAGGAGCACUUCAUUCUGGAUUCGGAGUACCUGACCACCCUGCUGGUCAUCGUACCCAAGGUCAUGGCCAACGACUGGCUGACCAACUACGAGAAGAUCACCGACAUGAUCGUGCCCCGCUCGUCGCAGCUCAUUCAGGAGGACAGCGACUACUGCCUGUUCAACGUGACGCUGUUCAAGAAGGUGGCCGAGGAGUUCAAGCUCCAUGCCCGCGAGCGCAAGUUUAUUGUGCGCGACUUUGUCUACAAUGAGGAGGAGUUGGCCGCCGGCAAGAACGAGAUGACCAAGCUGAUGACAGACAAGAAGAAGCAGUUUGGUCCUCUGGUUCGUUGGCUGAAGGUGAACUUCAGUGAGGCAUUCUGCGCCUUGAUCCACGUAAAGGCGCUGCGCGUAUUUGUGGAAUCUGUGCUGAGAUACGGUCUGCCUGUCAACUUCCAGGCCAUCUUGAUCGAACCCAACAAGAAGAGCGUGAAGCGUCUGCGCGAUGUGCUCAACCAGCUUUACGGUCACUUGGAUGGCGCCUCCGCUGGUGGUGCUGUCAGCAGUGCUGAUAAUGUGGACAUCCCCGGCCUCGGCUUUGGCCAGUCCGAAUACUUCCCCUAUGUGUUCUACAAGGUCAACAUCGAUAUGGUGGAGCAGGCCAAGGUCUAAGAUCGCCCGCCGUCCCCAGAAUAGCAUACAUCCAGCCACACAAAAUACACUUUAAUACAAAACAACCAACUUAAAAUCAGCUGAACCAUUCGCAGACAUCUAAUGAAACAAAAUUAAUAGAUUACUUUAAAUAAUUUUAGUCAUUGUUAUCUAAUUAUUGUUGUUAUUUAUGUUGCGCGUUGUCGAUAACUGUUUCAAAUCCAACUUCCGGUUCAAGAAAUCGAGGCGCGCGUCAACAAAAAAGAAGAAAGAAAAAGUUUGCAAUCAUCCCAGAUCUUGUAGAACUUCCUAAUUGUUCUUUGUCCCCAAUUUCAGUUCGCAAAACAGUAUUUUAUGUUCUUUUCUUAUGCCUUACUAUGAUUAUAAUAUGAUGAAUGAACAGAGUGUUUAACCCGUAGCCAAAUUUACAUACACACAUUGUCGCUAAAGCCCCGGCUUUACUUCUCCUUUUCGUUUGUUUUUUGGUAGCUAUACAUAAUAAACAUUUGAGUUACAUUUUGUUUUACAAACAUUUCGUCUCGUUUCGUGCUUGUGCUCCACUUUGGUAUAUCCACUUGUAUCCGUGACUAACAGCCAACAUACAAAAACAUGCCCAAAAUAUUUGUAAGCCCAAAAAAUGGUGUCGCAAAUCGCAAACAGAACGAAACUAAUUGCGCUAACAAAUUUCCGAUGCAAUGGUACGUUUCGAGUAAAGACAAACUAUUAAUUAACGGAAGUAUUGUAUUUAUAAAUGUUGCCUAGAUAUCAAAAGUCUAUAAGCUGCGCGCGCUGUUUGCAUACUACUACUAAUCGCUGAGGAGAACCGCUCAAGCAUUUCGUGGUUCUGCCUGUUUUUGUUUAACCCCGCGUGUGCGUGUUAACCCACUAAAUAAAAAAAGAAACAACAACCACCAGCAGCGAUCGAGGGUCUACCACAUGAGAUAUGAACAAUAAUAUUCUAUUCGUAUAUUCGUAUGUAAAGUUUUUCAGUUUUUCCUAUUGCUAAAUCGAAAAUUGUGUACCGAGUUAAGCGAAACGUGAGAGAGAUACAGUAUAAAUAUAUAUUAAAAAUAUUUUAAAGUUAUGCAUACUAUGUGUAAAAAUGAAAAGAAAGAAACCAUGUAAAUGUCAUUGCGUUAUAUAAGGUGCAAUUAAGCCAUCCUUGUAAAUAAUUAUAAAGAAAGAAAGACAUUCCCAA